AGAUACUCCCAUAACCAAAAGAAAGGGAAAAAAACAAAAUGUUUAGGAUUCGGCUUGAUAAGGUAAUCCAUUACACUGCACUGUACAAAAGCAAAGCAAAGCAAAGCCCAAUCCCCUCUCUUUCUCUAUCUCUAUUUCUCUUCCGCAGUUAGGCGACAUAUUCAAGAGCUUCUUUUUCUUUCCUUGGGGUCAAUUUAGGCAUCAAUGGGGUCUGUACUUCGUGAAUGGAUAGGGUUUCAGCAAUUCCCUACUGCUACUCAAUCCAAACUUGUAGAAUUGUUUGCCAAGUUAAAGGAAGAGGGUGUUGAUAAACUGACCAUACUUGUUAUGGGCAAAGGAGGAGUUGGGAAAUCUUCCACUGUUAAUUCUCUUUUUGGAGAGCGAGCGGUCAAUGUUAGCUCUUUCCAGUCAGAGGGGUUCAGACCUGUUAUGGUUUCACGCAACCGGGCUGGAUUCACGUUAAACAUCAUUGACACUCCGGGCCUUGUGGAAGGUGGUUAUGUCAGUUACCAAGCUCUGGACAUGAUUAAACGGUUUCUUUUGAAUAAGACUAUACAUGUAUUGCUCUAUGUUGAUCGCCUGGAUGCAUAUAGAGUGGAUGACUUGGACAAGCAGAUAAUUGGUGCUAUAUCUGACAGUUUUGGAAAAGAAAUAUGGAGUAAAAGUUUGCUUGUCCUCACUCAUGCUCAACUCUGCCCACCAGAUGAUCUAAGUUAUGAUGUCUUUUGUGCUCGAAGAUCAGAGGCUGUGUUGAAGACCAUUCGUAUGGGAGCACGGAUUAGGAAACGAGACUUUGAGGAUUCUGCUAUUCCAGUUGGUUUGGUUGAGAACAGUGGGAGAUGCAACAAAAAUGAGAAUGAUGAAAAGAUUCUCCCCAACGGGGAUGCUUGGAUUCCGAGCCUGGUAAAAGAGAUCAUUUUGGUUGCAACAAAUGGGAAGAAAGCUCUUGUAGUUGAUGAGAAGUUGGUUAAUGGGUCUGAGUCAAAUGACAGGGGAAAGAUAUUUAUUCCUCUUAUUUUAGGGAUUCAGUGGCUUCUUGUGAAAUGGAUUCAACGAGAAAUAAAAAAAGAUAUUGCAAAAGGCGGCAAGUAUCUUUAGUACUGUUUGGUUGCAUUCAAAUCAAUUGCAAGUUGUUAUGUGGCUCUUUAAUGGUCUCUUCUUCCUUCUUUCCCUACCUUUUUGUAUUCAUUUCCUUUUUAUGUUUGUGCAUCUUCACCGUUUUUGAAUACCUGUGCCAUUUGUACCUGUGUGUUGGUGUUUUGAGUUGUUCUUAGGGACAGAAUAUGAGUGAAAGGAGGCUCUUGUUCUUCAACUAACCAUAUGCUUUUGCUGUUUAAUGUUUUUUUUCCUUGCUUUUUA